UCUCACUCAAGUUCAGUACAUUCACGGCAACUACAGAGGCGCGGAGAGGGUCGGGCGCUUACGUAAGGGCAACUCUGGUAUCCAAGCUUGUAACUAUGAACUUUUCAAACAAUAUGGCGCAUGUCUACAGCUGCGCUACAGACUUAGACGAUAAGACUCCUUGCGUUGGAAAUGAUGUAUGUAUAGAUAAUUCGUUAGAAUAGUGAUAAUAUAAUUUGGACGCGGACUCGUCGGAGUUUAAUACUAGUUCGCAGCAUCAGACCGCCCGCGCGCCUUCGAUAACUUUUGAGCGAGCCUACAGUACUCACCUGCUUGCCAUGAAGACUUGGACCUUUUUCGGUCCAUAACCGUUACUUUAUAACAGAUACCGAUUCUUGAAUAUUUUGUUAACGAGUAUGCGGGUAUCAUGUAUCUUUUUUGUUAGGGCAUAUGCUUUAGCGUAAAUGUCUGUGACUGCAACUUAAACGAGACAAGCAAAAGAAAUGCUGUUGAAUAUGAGGGAGAAUAACACGCCGUUGUGUCAGAGGGAGAAGGAGAGAGACAGACUUCCCCCGAUCUUCAAUCACUCCACAUCCGUUUUAGAGCGAGGGCCAAAGCUGCCAUACCCUUCCAUCAGCAGUCUCAUGUCUUCAGCCAAUCAGAAGAGAGAUGCUGCUGGUCGCUGUCUUUCUUCCCCCUUUAUCCUGCCCAGCAUCAAACAUGGUUAUAUUGCAGGUAGAGAGCUGCCCCCACUGUGUCCUGAGGUCAAACAGAAACAUCGCAUCACCAUCGAUAUCCUGCCCCCAGAGGUUAAAGCACGCCUCUCCUCCGACCCUGUCAUCCCUCUAAGAACCAAGACCACCAAAGAGUUCCUGGAGGACAUGGACAGGGCCACUGUCUCAGGAGACUGGAGGAUGGUCCAUGAGUUCUACUGGACCACGUUUGGCUCCUUCCUGGAACUCAACGCAGCCUUCAAGAAAGAAGCAAAUGCUCCUUUCAACACGACGGAGGACUCAGGAAUCAACACCAAGUUUGUCAAUGCUGUCUACGAUGCACUAAAUCUCACACCUCCUGACACUCAGAAGGCUGUGCUCAAGGGCAUCAUCAACUGUCUGCUGAGAGAAUGGAAGGGGCGUCGGACGAAAGAUGAUCUCAGGGCCUAUUUCAUCCUUGUUCAGAACCCACAGUGUACCAGUCCAGCCACCUAUGUCAUCUAUGCUCAUCUACUGAGACAGGUGGCAGCGCUGGCAGAGGCAGAUCUGCAUGUCUUAAUGCACUGGCUGAAGAAAUUGUCUUCUAAGCGCUUGAAGCACCUUGUGGAGCGUGUGCAUCUCUUCAUCUCCACUCGCCUGUUCCCCUCCAAGCCGGAGGAGCUUCCGCCCCUGGCCAAGUGCUCCUGGUGGAUCCCCUCCGCCACAAAAGUCCUCUCUCUGCUUAAUGCAGCCAACAGUCUGUCCAGUCGUCCUCUGCUGCCCUACGCAGACUUCUACAACCCCAGUCUGGAGCUGACUGACUACAUGGAGGACUACCGCUCCUGGCAGGCCCAGGGCCCCUCCACCAGGUUCACCUUCUGCCAAUUCCCCUUCAUCCUGUCUGCUGGGGUGAAGAAAGCCAUCAUCCAGAGAGACUCAGAACAACAAAUGAUCAGCACUGCUAGACAAAGCCUGGUGGACAAGGUGAGUCGUAGACAGAGAGUGGACAUGAGCCUUCUCUUCCUCAACAUCAGGGUCAGGCGGCUGCAGCUGGUAACAGACUCACUUGAUGAGUUGACCAGAAACCGUGCAGACCUGAAGAAGAAGCUAAGAGUUACCUUUGUCGGAGAGGCGGGGCUAGACAUGGGCGGACUCACCAAGGAGUGGUUCCUCCUCCUGAUUCGUCAGAUUUUUCACAUGGACUAUGGCAUGUUUACAUUCCAGAAGGACUCCCACUGUCACUGGUUCAGCAGCUGGAAGUGUGACAACAACUCUGAGUUCCGAUUGGUUGGUACUCUGAUGGGCCUAGCUGUGUACAACAGCAUCACUUUGGACAUCCGCUUUCCGCCCUGUGUCUACAAGAAGCUUCUAACCCCACCGGUUCCACCCUGCAAUCCAGAUGCUCCUGUCGGCAUGGCAACACUCUCCCUGGACGACCUGCAGCAGGUCAUGCCGGACCUAGCUCGAGGUCUGGCUGAGCUCCUCAACUAUGAAGGCAACAUAGAAGAGGACUUCUGUAUGAACUUCCAGGUCUGCCAUGAGGAACUGGGAAUCGUCAAGUCCUACAACCUGAAGUCUGGAGGAGACAAGAUCCCAGUCACCAACCAGAACAGGAGAGAGUUUGUCCAGCUGUACAUAGACUUCCUGUUGAACAAGUCCAUCUACCGCCAGUUUGCUGCUUUCUACCACGGCUUCCACAGUGUCUGCUCCUCAGACGCACUCAUGCUGUUGCGUCCAGAGGAGGUGGAGGUGCUGGUGUGUGGCAGUCCUAACCUGGACAUGAGCACCCUGCAGAGACUGGCCCAGUAUGAGGGCUACAGCAAGACUGAUCCCACUGUCAGGGCCUUCUGGGAGGUGGUGCUGGCGUUUCCUCCCGAGAUGCAGAAGAAGCUGCUGCACUUCUCCACAGGAAGUGACCGCGUGCCAGUAGGGGGUGUGGCCGACCUCAACUUUAAGAUCUCCCGGAUGGACGUCUCCACGGACUGGUUGCCGGUCUCUCACACCUGUUUCAACCAGAUCUGCCUGCCUCCGUACAAGACCAAGAAGGAGCUCAAGCAGAAAAUAACCAUCGCCAUGUCCAACUCAGAAGGCUUCGGCCUGGAGUAACCUCCCAUGUGCUGGCACACACACACCCACCGACACACUAUCACACACGUGCACACAGACAUUUCCACACCUUGAGAGACUGCCAGGGAUUGCAGUAGAGAUCUGUCCACAGGCAGGUGCCUGUCACCCACGACACAAAGAGAUAUUGCUCAAGUCACCUGUUACCAUAAGACCCUGAAGGCAUAUCAAGGUCACACUUUCCAGAGACUGGCAGCCCUGCCAGGUAGUUAGCUACUGUUCCACUAAGCUCUGGCUCAUUGAUACCAGACUGGUCACAGGGAAGGGGGUGCACGUUGUAACAGAACUGCCGCGUGGCUUUUUAAAGACAUGACCUAAAUGUGGGACAUGAUAGGAAUGUGUGUGUGUGUGUUCUGUAGUUGGGUGUGCCGGUAGGAGGGUGUGUGAGUGUGUGUAGGAAUAACUGUGUGUGUUAAAGUAGUUUGAAGAAGGUUCUGCAAGAGGGUGGUGUGACUCUCUUAAAGAGACAGAGAACCCUUAGCUACCCAACCAGAGUUAUGCCUCUCCCUGACCAAGGCCUGCAUGCCUGGAAGAAUAAACUCAGUCACGCUCUGACGCUGGUAAAUUAUAAAGAAUAAACCUUAACAUAUUUAAACUAAUAUAUAUUUUCUUGGCCUCAGAAAUGUUGGGACCAUAUUGAAAGAGGCAGUUUGUGUGCCAGAGUAUUAUGAUCCGACUUUCCUUUCUGGCUUUUAAAUGUUGGGACGAGAGAGGGAAAUUAUUCUCCCAAGUUGUUCAGUAGUUUGUCAAGCUAAAUAGGAUGAUAUGAAAUGUUACUGAAGGUUGUGCCAUAUAAAUGUACCUGUAACAUUUGUUGUUGAUAGUCACUUGGCACCAAAUGUGUAAUACUGUAUGGGAACGUGAUAAAGUAAUUGUCAGUCAUGUUGCUAUUAGCCAUGUUAUUAUGUAGCAUCUUGGUGUUCUAUAUGUAAUAUCUUUUGCGGCGUCCACUCUCAGGUUAUCCACAUCCUAAAUUGUAUGGUCAUGUGAAAGAGUUUCCAAGCUAAAAAAAGCUUCUUUGUUUACUUUUCUUGUGUAAGAUUCUUUUAUGGGUUUUUAGUAACGUUUUUUUUCUUCCAUGCUAGUUGUGAUUUGCAUUUAGUAACAUUUAGUAGUUGGUCUAAGAAGUGUGAAAUCAUGUGCUGUCGCAAGGGAAAGAAGAUUUAAGAAGCCAACCACUGGUACAUACAAUGCAGUUAUUCCUUAUCUAAGGUUAUUUCUGGCCAGUGUGAGAGUGGACAAGAAAAACUGGACACCCAGCCAGACUCUUAUCUUUGGCCGACUGACCAUGUCUGUCACACCACAUUCUUCCAGAGGCAAGUUUAGAACGCUCUGAAAUACUGCUGUCGUUCAUCACAUGCUGGACUGGCAGGUAUGCGUGGUGACAAGAUGCUGCCCUUCCCAUCUAAAGGUCACUGGAGGACAGAAAGGUAUGUCCCAAUGAAGUUACCUGGGGUGGAGGGAGGGCUGAGGCCCCUGUCACAAGCUGAAGAUGGGCUCAUGGUUGGGGCUGGGGUAGUGGGCGGCUGGCUGCCCUAGGGACUGCGGGUGAAGGCUGGGGCUGAGACUAGACGACGAGGAAGGGACCAGUGCUUGUGCUUGAGGCUGCUUGUGGGGCAAGGGCCCACAUAUUGACACUGGUGCUUGUAUACUGUCCAUGAUCUGGCCCCAGCACACCUAAGAGAAGAGAGACACGUAGAACACAGCAGGUCUACAGCAGGGUAGGGCUGCCGGGUUCAACCGAGUUACAGAAAUAUAAUCCUGAUACCGACAUAAAGAGCCCACUUUGUUGACUAAAUCUAUCUACACAAUGCUGUUCAUUGUCUUCUGAUCAUGCACUUCUUUAAAGGCAUUUUUUUGGGGGGGGCUGAACAUAUAUUGUUGACAAUUUACUAUGAAGUAUUCCAUAAACGUUCUGUUCAGGUUUACCCCAUUUCUCUCAUGGUCUAUAACCAUCUCAAGAGGAGCGUGUCCAUGCAAUGCUUCCCAGUACAUGUCCUGCAAACAGCACCAGGUCUAAAGUGUGUUUGUACAGAGGAACAAGGACUGUUCCAAGCUCUCCUUCCUCCACUGCUGCAGAGCUCCCCCGCCCGCCCAGCCAACAACAGGCAGCUUCAUAUGAACUCUAUAUGUUCUGUAUGCUUCUGGGUACAUGUUGUUCCAGAACACAGCCAGACCGGCCCAGAGUGUGCUGAGGGAUAUGUCAUGACUAAACAUUGCAUAAAGAACCAGGAAAUGGUGUAAUUGGUUAGCUGUGCAGUGCAUAUAUUUUGUCAUCAAAGAUGAAGUAG